GUGCUCGGCACCGCGUCCGCGAUCGACGUCGUGGCCUGGUACGAGAACGACGGGUCCCAGUCCUUCACGGAGCGCGUCGUCGACGCCAGUGCCAACGGCCCCUACAAUGCCGCGGCGAUGGACGUCGACGGCGACGGCGACGUCGACUUCGUCACCGCGCUCUGCGCCGGCGACGAGGGCGUCUGGCACGAGAACGACGGGUCGCAGUCCUUCGCGACGCGCGCCUUCGCGACGUCGCAGGACUGCCUGCGGUCCGUGCUCCCCUACGACAUCGACGGCGACGGCGACGUCGACGUCGCCGUCGCCGUCGAGAACGACGACACCGUCGCCUGGUACGAGAACGACGGCUCGCAGUCGUUCACGGAGCGAGCGCUCACGACGACCGCCGCGGGCGCCGCCUGGGUCAACGCGGCGGACCUGGACAGCGACGGCGACGUCGACCUCCUCUCGACGGCGAUCACCGACGACACCGUCGCCUGGUACGAGAACGGCUGCGUCGCGAACCCGUCGCCGACGCCCCGGCCGACGGCGGCGACGGGCGCGAGCUUCGCCGAGCGCGUCGUCUCGACGCUCGCGGACGAGGCCUACGCCGUCUUCGCCGUCGACGUCGACGGCGACGGCGACGUCGACGUCGUCGCGGCGGGCUACGCCGACGACACGGUCGCGUGGUACGAGAACGACGGCUCGGAGUCCUUCGCGGAGCGCGUCGUCACGACGAUGGCGGAGAACGCCGCCUCGGUCUUCGCCGUCGACGUCGACGGCGACGGCGACGUGGAUGUUUUGUCGGGGUCCUACUCCGACGACACCGUCGCGUGGUACGAGAGCGAUGGCUCCGAGUCGUUCACCGAACGCAUCAUCACGACGGCGGUGAACCAACCCUGGUCCGUCUACGCGAUCGACGUCGACGGCGACGGCGACGUGGACCCGCUGGCGGCGUACCGCGGCGCCAACGUGGUCGCCUGGUACGAGAACGACGGCUCGGAAUCGUUCGCGCAGCGCGUCGUCUCGGACACCGCGAACGGCGCCCGGUCCGUCUUCCCCGUCGACGUCGACGGCGACGCCGACGUCGACUUGUUCUCCGGGGACUACUCGGAGGACACGGUCGCCUGGUACGAGAACGACGGCUCCCAGUCCUUCACGGGGCGCGUCAUCACGACGCUGGCGGACGGCAUCAGAACGGUCUUCGCGAUCGACGUCGACGGCGACGGCGACGUCGACGCGCUGUCGGCGUCCGAGCGCGACGACACGGUCGCGUGGUACGAGAACGACGGGUCAGAGUCCUUCACCGAGCGCGUCCUCACGACGACGGCGGACUACGCCGUAUCCGUCUUCGCGAUCGACGUCGACGGCGACGGCGACGCGGACGUCCUGUCGGCGGCGUCCGUCGACGACACGGUCGCGUGGUACGAGAACGACGGGUCCCAGUCCUUCACGGCGGACGUCGUCACGGCGACGGCGGACGGCGCCAACGCCGUCUUCGCGACGGACGUCGACGGCGACGGCGACGUCGACGUUCUGUCGGCGUCGACCGACGACGACACGGUCGCGUGGUACGAGAAUCAGACGCCCAGCCCGACGCCCCGGCCGACGGUGCCCGCGCCGACGCCCCGGCCCACGGUCCUCUGCGCGAGCGCGACCUUCUCCGAGCGCGUGCUGACGACGCUCGCGGACGCCGCCCAGUCCGUCUUCGCCGUCGACGUCGACGGCGACGGCGACGUCGACGUCGUCUCGGGGGCCUACUCCGACGGCGACUCGUUGACUCAGCGCGUCAUCUCGAACUCGGCCGACUUCGCCAUUUCCACCUUCGCGAUGGACGUGGACGGCGACGACGACGUGGACGUCCUGUCGGCGUCGUACUACGACGACACGGUCGCCUGGCACGAGAACGACGGGUCCGAGUCCUUCACGGAGCAUAUCAUCACGACGCUCGCGGACGGCGCCUUCUGCGUCUUCGCGAUCGACCUGGACAGCGACGGCGACGUCGACGUUCUGGAGGCGGCGAGGCUCGACGACACGGUCGCCUGGCACGAGAACUCGUGCGGCGCGACGCCGACGCCGCAGCCGACGCCCCAGCCGACGCCGCAGCCGACGCCCCAGCCGACGCCGAACCCCGCCUCCAGCGGCAGCGCGUGCAAUGUCUACCUCUUCACCUCCGAAAACGUCAUCACGACGCUCGCGGACGCCGCCUACUCCGUCUUCGCGAUCGACGUCGACGGCGACGGCGACGUCGACGCGCUGUCGGCGUCCUCCAACGACGACACGGUUGCGUGGUACGAGAACGACGGCGCGCAGUCCUUCGCGAAGCGCGCUAUCACGAACUUGGCGAACGGGGCCGUCAGAGUCUUCGCGAUCGACGUCGACGGCGACGGCGACGUCGACGCGCUCUCGACGUCCCUCAACGACGGCGUUCUCGCGUGGUUCGAGAACGACGGGUCCGAGUCCGCGGCCGUCGUCGGCUCCUUCGACGCCUCCGUCGCCUUCUCCGUCGUCCCUGCCCUCGGCGUGGCCGUCCUCGGCUCCGUCGACGCCUCCGAGCUCUGCACCGAGCAGUGCGCCAAGCGCGCGGCCAUCGUCGGCCCCGUCCAGCGCCCCGUCUCCGUCACCGUCGAGCGCGCCCUCAGCAGCGCCUUCUGGGAAACCGUCCAGCGCGCCCAGCGCCGCGCCGUCGGCAUCGCCGAGCGUCACGCCCUCCGCGGCUCCGAGCAGCGCGCCGUCGUCAGAGCCGUCACCGACGCCAACGUCUGCCCCGUCGACGCCGCGCUCACCAGCCCCGACGUCGUCGCCGACCCCGCGCCCGCUCCCGUCGCCAUCGCGGCCGCGGCCUUCGACGCCACGGGCGCGACGGUGACGGUGGCGCUCUCCGCGGCCACGGACCGCGCGGGCAACGGCGGCGCGUCGUUCCCCUGCGGCGACGUCGUCGCGCUCGCCGGCGCCGCGACGGCGACGUGCGUCUUCCUCGACGACGCGACGCUCCGGGCCUCGCUCGACGGCGCGUCGACGACGGUGCCCGGUGACGCCGCCGCGCUCGUCGCCGGCGACCUGCGCCAUCUCAACGCGCUCGCCUGCUGGGACGACGCGGUCGACGGCGCCGCGGUCGCGAUCGCCGCGCCCGCGGACCCCGUCGCGCACGCGGCCGUGCUCCAGGCGCCCGAGGCCGUCGGCUCCUGCGGCGACCUCGCCGUCGACGCGUCGGCGAGCUCCGGCGGCGGCGGCCGCGCGCUCGCCUACGCCUGGGCCGUCGCCGGCGGCUCCGCCGCCGCGGCCGAGGCCGCGGCGCAGGCGUCGUCCGCGCUCACGGUGUCGCGCGCGGCGCUCGACGCGGCCGUGUCCGCCGCGGGCGGCGACGCGACGCUGACCGCGAGCCUGACGGUGACGAACUUCCUCGGCGCGACGUCGCCCGCGGCGUCGGCGACGAUCGCCGCGCUGUCGCCGGAGCAGUCGGCGGCGUUCGACGCGGCCGCGUCCUACGACGAGGCCGGCGGCGCGCUGAGUUUCGUCUGGGCCUGCGCGGCCUGCGGCGGUCUGGCCUGGACGGCGGACGCGUCGACACUGGACAUCGCGGCGGGCGCGAGCCCGGGGACGUACGCGUUCACCGUAACGGCGACGGCCGCGGACGGGCGGACCGCCGCCGCGGCCGCGACCGCGACGGUCUUCGCCGACCGCGUGCCCGAGCUCCGGCUGCAACUCACGACGACAACGUCCAAGGUCGACCCGUCGAAGACGCUCGUCCUCGACGCCGUCGCCGGCGGCGCCGACGACGGCGACGCGACGGUCGCGUGGACGCUCGCGGCGGGGAUUCUCGAAGGCGGCUUCGAGGCGUCGGCGUCGUCGGCGCUCGUCGUAGCCGUGCCCGGCGGCGAGACGCGGCGCGCGCCGCUCGUCCUCGCCGCCGACAGCCUCACGCCCGGCGCGACCUACGCGUUCGCGCUCGCGUCUGUCGCGGCGUCCGGCGCGGCGACGUCGACGACCGUCAACGUCGUCGCCAACGGCAAGCCCACGAGCGGUGAUGUUUCUGUAACACCAGCCUCGGGCGUGUCGCUGUCGACGAGCUUCCGCGUCGCCGCGGCCAACUGGGUCGACGAGGACCUGCCCCUGACCUACGGCUUCUCGCGCGUCGCCGGCGGCGUCGACUACGCUUUGAUGGCCUCGAGCUACGCGUCCGCCGUCGACGACGCGCGGCUGCCCGCCGGGGUCGCGCGCCUCGUCGCCGACGUCGCCGACGCGUUCGGGGCCACCGCGCGGUCGUCGGCGGUGUCCGCGGACGUGACCGCCGCCACGUACGGCUCCGCCGCGGACCUCUCGGCCGCGAGCGACGCGGAGCUCGACGACGCCUUCGCCGCCGGCGACGUCGACCGCGUCCACGCGUCCCUCGUCGCGUCGGCGGCCGCGGCGACGGACCCGACGUUCCGCCGGCGCCUGAGCGCGGACGCGUCGGAGCUCGCGGCGCUCCGCGGGCGGCUUUUGACGAGUUUGGACGACGUCCGCGGCAUCCAGGCGCCGUCGGCGGCGGCGCUCGAGGCGCAGGCGAGCACGCUCGCGGCGCUCUCCGGCGAUGGCCUCGACGCGGACGGCGAACAGGAAUCGCUGAGGCUCGCGGGCGACCUGUGCGCGUCGGGUCGGUCGCUCGGCGCCACAUCCCAGGCCGGCGACGCGCUCGCGUCGACGCUCGGCCGCGCCGCGGCGUCGAACGCGUCGAAUGCGUCGCGAAUCUCCGCGGCCGUCGACGACCUCGGCGUCGCCGUCGCCGUCGACGCCGUCGCCGGCGAGUUCGCGCGCGAGGCGACGGGCGACGGCCUCGCGCUGAGCGCGCGGAAGUGGGACCCCCUCGCCGUCGGCGCGAGCGCCGCGGGCGACUCCGUGCUGACGGUGUCGGGCGCCGACACGGCCGGCGCGACGACCGUGGCCACGGUGCUCGCGGAGUUCGCCGUCGACGGCGACUUCGCGGCGUUCGUCCGUUUCUCCGCGACGUCCGACGCGCCCGCGCCCGCCGCCAACGCGACGGUCGCCUACGUCGUGCCCCUGCUGGAGGCGCCGCGGACGUCGAACGACACCUACACGCUGACCUGCGCGCGCGGCGACGAGAACUCGACCUUCUCCUGCCCGGGCGACGACGCCGUCGCCGCGGCCUGCGACGGCCGCCCGGGCGCCUACGACAUCGCNUGCGUCGCGUCCGAGGUGCCCCGGUGCGCGUCCGGCGCCGACGACGUCGACGAGGACGCGGCCUGCGUCCUGCUCGCCUGGUCGCCGGCCAACGCGACCUGCGCGUGCAACGGUACCGUCGGCGGGCCGCCGGCGGCCUACGGCGCUACCUCCCACACGAUGGUCGGCUACUACGCGUCGGCCUUCAAGGACCCCUACGCGUCGGAGCUCGUCGAGGACAACCCGCUCAUCGUCGGGACGUUGGCGGCCAUGGUCGGCGCCUGCGUCUUCGCGGCGCUCCUCGGCAGCUUCGUCCUCGACCCGCGCGACGCCGCGCGCGCGAAGCGGGCCGCGGCGAAGGCGCGCGACGCGCCCGCGAAGACCUACUCCUUCGACUCGCUCCACGACGUCGCCGCGGCGUCGCUGCCCAAGUUCGUCAAGGCGACGGACAGACCCUUCGCCUACGCGGUGCAUCUCGUCUGGAACAACCACAGCUGGGUGACCAUCUUCACCAAGUACAAGCCCGCGAGCCCGCGCUACCAGCGCGCCGUCAUGCUCCUGUUCAGCCUGCUCAUGAUCAUGCUCAGCCAGUUCCUCGCCUUUGUGUUCGCGUACCCCAUCGGCUACUGCGAGAAGAGCGAGCACGAGGACGACUGCGGCGACAAGGCCAACAUCUACGACGAGACGGUGGCGUGGCUGACGGACCGGGACGAGGUCCAGGCCCGCGCCUGCUUCUGGGAGCCCUUCCCGGACGUCGGCGCCGCGCACUGCCAGCCCAUCCUGCCGGACCCGCAGGACAUCAUCGCGAAGCGCGCGACGCUCGUGUUCCUCGUCAUGCUCAUCAGCCUGCCCUGCAUGGUCCUCUUCGACAAGUUCUUCAUGAAGUACGUCUGCGCGCCCCUCCACUGGCCCGACGCCACGAGGAAGGCGCGGCCGCGGCUCUCCAGAUUCCUCGACCGCUUCAUGACCCUCGUGUCGCCCGAGGACCUCGCGCGGCGCGAGGCCGGCCGCGUGCGGCGCCUGAGCAAGUUCAAGCACGCGGUCCUGCGGACGUCGCUGGACAUCAAGGAGCAGAAGAAGAGCGCGCGCGGCGACCCCUUCGCCGGCGCGCCGCCGGCCGCGGAGGAGGAGACGAAGGAGACGAAGGCGCCCGACGAGCCGAGGGAGACGAAGGCGCCCGACGAGCCGCGGCCGUCGGCGCCGGACGUGUCCGGCCUCGCGGGCCUGCUCCACGAGCGCAAGGCCCCGGCGGAGCUCGCGACGGCGCACGUCGUCGGGCUCCGGCUGUGGCGGAACCUGGGGCUCGCGGGCCCGCCGGCGGACGUCCACCCGAUCCCGACGCCGCGCUACUACGCGCUGCGGGCCGUGGCGCCAACCAUGUGCGGCGUGCUCGCCCGGCGGGCGGAGCUCGUGCGCGCCUACGGCCGCGCGGCGUCGCCGGAGGACCGCGACGGCGUCGCGUUCUUGAUCGCGGCGCUCGAGCGGACCUGGGGCCUGAACGCGCCCGCGGCCCUCGACCUCGACAACCCGGCCUGGGCGGCCUAUGCGGCGAAGCACCGGCGGCGCGGCGGGCGCUCCUGGCGGAGCCACUUCGCGGAGAAGACCUACGCGACGAUCGUGCAGAAUCUGAUGAUCGCGGCGACGUGGGACCGCCACCUCGCGGACAUGCGCAGCGACGACGGCCGGAAGUGCACGCUCCUCUACAACCUGCUCCGCCUCGAGCACAUGGACGCCAAGGAGCGCGUCCUCUUCUACCACGAGCUCAAGUCCGAGGGCUGCUUCGCCGCGUCCGGCCGCGGGCCGACGCUGAAGAUGCAGAAGCCCGUAUCCGUGCGGGCCAAGAUUCUAGGCACGCUCGGCUUCCUCGCGGCGCUCCUGCUGCCCAUGUGGUGGCUCCUCAUCAUCGCGCGCAA